AUGGCAGACUCAGGAGCCGCACCGGCGCAGCACAAGCAGCCUAGUCGCAAGGGCAAGAAGGCUUGGCGCAAGAAUGUCGAUGUCACGCAAAUCCAGUCUGGCCUUGAAGAAGUACGAGAGCAGAUAAUCCAAGGUGGUGUCAUUGCGGAAAAGACUGCCGACGAACUCUUCGCAGUCGAUACCCUUGGAUCUGCCGAGAUCAAAAAGUCUAUCGCGAAGCGCCACAAGCCUCUCAAGGUCGAUGAGAUCCUCGCCCAACGCUCUGCCGUUCCCGCCGUCUCAACCAGGAAACGUCUCUCGGACAUUGCCGAUGAUGGCAAGAGAAAGAAGGCUAAGGUCUCAAGCAAGGAAUACGACAGGUUAAGAGCCAUUGCCUAUGGCGGCGAACAGGUCAAGAAGGAUGUAGUGCAAACCAGUGACGCUGUAUAUGACCCAUGGGCGGUACAAGAAGUCAAGGAGGAUCCUAGAUUUGAAUAUCUGGAAAAGAAGAAGCCAAAAGUGGAGCCAAAGACCCUCAAGCACGCACCUGUCUCUCAAGCAAAGACUGGCAAGCCCAUCCCAGCAGUCCGCAAACCGACUGGCGGAAAGUCAUACAACCCUCUACUAGAAGACUGGCAGAAUGAGCUUAUGCGCGAGUCUGACAAGGUUGUCGAGGCCGAGAAGAAGCGUCUUGAAGAGGCCCGCGAAGAGGCUGAACGUAUGGAACGAGCUGCUGCCGAGACGGAAUCAGAUUCUGGCGAAGAGAGCGUUUGGGAAAGUGAGUGGGAAGGCUUCAGUGACAAUGAGAACAAGGAGGCAAAGAAGAAAAGGCCAGAGAGGAAAACCAUAUCCCAGAGGAACAAGAUCAAGAAGAGGAAAGAGGCUGAAAGGAAAGCCAAGCACGAGGCUAAGAUGAAGGCAAAAGAACAACAACUUCAAGAAGUGAAAAGGCUAGCGAAGAGUGUUGAAGAAAAGGAGAGGGCAAGAGCUGCUGUACGCCAGGCUCUUGAGAAGCAGAACGCCGAAGCAGUAGAGGAUGAUGGCGAGGAGAUCGAGCUCAGGAAAAAGCAGUUUGGCAAGGCUCCAUUGCCAGAAGCUCCACUCGAGGUUGUGCUUCCAGACGAGUUGAGAGAUUCGCUUCGUCUUCUCAAGCCAGAGGGAAAUCUUCUCAAGGACCGUUUUAGGACAAUGCUGCUGCAGGGCAAAGUCGAAGCCAGAAGACAGAUUCCGUACGCAAAGCAGAAGAAGUAUACGGUAUCCGAGAAGUGGAGCUACAAGGACUGGCAAUUGCCAAAAUAG